AUGGAGCCAAACACAAGAUUCAAAUUGGAAUCGAUUGUGUUGGUCGUGCUUCUGAUUUCGUGGUUUGCAGUUCUAACAUCAGCCUGUCCUAACGACAGCUCGGAUUGCAGAGACUGCAUCCUGAAACGGAUGAAAUAUGACUGCCCAUCGUGUGUUACAACACUCCGGUGCAUGGCCAAGUGCUUGUGGGCAGGAACGUCGAAGACAAGGUGCACAAAGAAGUGUGAUUGCAAUGAUAAUUACCCAAAAUUAUCUGACUGCAAGAACUGCAUGUCCAAGUGCAGGUGCAGUUGUGCUGUGUAGAUCAUCAUCAUCAUAUCCAGUAUAUUCCGCUCAUAAAAGCUAUAAACAGUGUCUGGUGAAGGUUGGAUGACGAAAGAUCAUACCCUUAUCAGUUGCAGGUGCACUUGUGUUGUGUAGAUGACAUGACCUUAUUUUAUAAUUUUUCUUUUUUUAUUUAGUUUUUUUUUUUCUUUUCUCUCUUGUUAAGUCUAUCUGUAGACUGAAUGUUACUCUCACUUUCUUUGUUCACAUGAAAUAUUUUUCUGUUUUGGCUUC